CCCCUCUCGCCGAAGCUUAUCAGAAGGCAAACAGAACCGUGACAGCAGUGAGUGCAUUUGGGAAAUCAAUCCAUUGAGAAAAUCUGAAUAUCAAAUAGACAAUAGACCAAGACAAAGGUGUUUAGGGUACGCUUACAGCCCACUUCCCCGAACGCAACGUGCUGCAGAUCCCUCCAAUGGAAGUUACUCCAUCCUCUCCCGCAACCCUAGAGGCCAAAGCAGAGCCCUCAGAAGCCGAGAAACCAAUCCAACAAUCAAAUCAAUCAGAUCCAUCUCCUCCCAUUCUUGCACCGUCGGUGCCUUCUUCGACUUCAGCUGUAGCUGCAUCUCAACCCGCCCCGGAGAAUCCCAAUUUAAAUCAUCCUCUUUUAACUCCAUCAAUUCCCCCUCCAGUCCAAUCAUUUCCCCCAGCGACGAUCGCUACUGCACCUAUCCUUCCUCCCGCCCCGUCCUUUCGUCCCGUGGCGCCUGUUCCUGUGCCGAUACCGCAGUUCUCUCCCCUCCCAAACGCUAAUGUACAAAACCCUAAUUUUCAGGGCACUAGCAUUCAGAACCCUAGUGUUCAACCGCCUGGAGUGAACCCUGCUUCAGUUAUGCUUCCAGGCAUGCCAAGCGGAGCCGGUUCGGUUACGGUCUCAGUUUCACCAUUACGUCCCACCGGUAUGUACCAGGUUCCUCUCGGUCAGGCCCCCAAUCCUGCCAUGAGACCUUACUCGCAAAUGCCCAACGGAUUCCUGGCUGUUCCUGCUCCAGCACAUCAGGGCACUAUACCUCCUCCUGAUAUUGUUUGCAUCCAUGCAGGAAUUCCACGUUAUGCCACUCCAUAUACAACUAUGGUCCGUCCUGCUUUUCCUCCACGUCCACCAGGAGCAAUUGGUGUGGUUCCUCCAUUGUCACGACCUCCAGUUCCAGGGAUUCGUGGAGUUCCACCGAUUGUGCCCCCUGUUAUAAGGCCAGUUAUUCCUAUUGUUGCCCCAACAGAGAAACCACAAACCACCGUUUAUGUUGGAAAAAUAGCACCAACUGUGGAAAAUGAUUUUAUGCUCUCCCUUCUCCGGCUUUGUGGACCUGUCAAGAGUUGGAAACGUGCACAAGAUCCUAGUGAUGGAACUCCAAGAGGUUUUGGAUUCUGUGAAUUUGAGGCUGCAGAAGGUGUCCUUCGUGCACUGCGUCUGCUAAGUAAAUUUAAUGUUGAUGGACAAGAGCUUGUGCUAAAUGUUAACCAAGCAACACGAGAAUACCUAGAACGCUAUGUUGAAAAGAAAACUGAAAGGGAAAAGAAACUCAAGGAGUCUGAAAGUGAAGGUGCUGAGAAAGAGGAAGAAAGUGCACCAGGUGUUGAGAAGAAUGAAACCCCAAAGCCUCCUGUUGAGGACUCAAAGAAGGAUGAGAAUGAUUCCACAGAGAAGGAAAACCAAGACAGUACCACCUUUGGCAUUGUGACUGAAGAAGAUCGAGAAGCUGACAGGGAGGCCCUGGAGAAGCUUACAAGUAUGAUUGAGGAGAGGUUAAAGACCAAACCCCUGCCUCCUCCACCCCCACAAACACCAGUUGAUGGUUCUGGAAAGUCAAAUUCUGAAGUGCCUACCAAAUCAAGGGAUGGGGACUCGGAUGUUGAUAUCAUGAAAAGCGAUGUAGCAGAAGAUAAAAAUGAUGGUGAGACAACAAGUGAAAACAAGGCUACAAAUGAGCGUGAUAGGUCAGAAACAAACUCACCUGACAGGAGAAGAUAUGAUAGGAGGAGUAGGGAGAAGGACAGAGAGCGUGAUUUAAAACGGGAGAAGGAACGAGAACUAGAAAGGUAUGAAAGGGAAAGGGAGAGAGAACGGGUUAGGAGGGAGAGGGAACGAGAGAUGAAGAUACGAGAAGCUGAGCGUUUGUACAAGGAACGGUUAAAGGAAUGGGAGGCUAGAGAAAGAGAGAAAGAGCAUCAACGGCAGCAUGAGAAGGAGAGGGAGAAAGAAAGAGAACGGGAACGCAGGAGAGAGAUCAUGGACCAGGAGGAUGAGAGUGAUGAGGAUGAUACAAGAAAAAGAAGGCGCAGGAGUAGUUCCUCUGAAGAGAGGAGGAAGAAGAGGCAACGGGAAAAGGAGGAUGAUUUGGCUGACAGAUUAAGGGAAGAGGAAGAAAUUGCUGAGGCUAAGAAGAGGGCCAUUGAGGAGCAGCAACGGCUGAAAGAUGAACUCAAGAGUCAAUUAAUUAAUGGAAAUGAUAAACCUAUAUUUCCUGAAGAAAGCAAUGAAGGUAGACAUGAUUCUGCUGAACAGGCUUAUGAAAGUGAUACUGAUCAUGGUAAUCACACAGGUGAUAUGAUUCUAAGAAAUGGCGCUACUGAUGAAUCGUCCAUGGGAUCUGUUGCUGUCACGGAUACAAGGCAGAGUGGUAAUGCACCAACUCGGAAGCUUGGAUUUGGUCUGGUAGGUUCUGGAAAGCGGACUGCUGUCCCUUCUGUUUUCCAUGAAGAGGAUGAUGAUGAUGCUGAGAAAGAGAAAAAGAUGAGGCCUCUGGUUCCUAUUGAUUACUCCACAGAAGAGCUGCAAGCUGUCCAACCUACUCCAGGGGCACCAUCUCCAAAUCUGGCUGCAGCAGCUGAAUUUGCAAAGCGUAUCUCAAAUGUUAACCCCAAAGAAGAGAGGCCUGAUGCAGAAAGGGAAAGAAGUAAACGAUCGAAUGACAGGUUGAGCCAGCGGGAUCGAGAUAGGAAUGGUGAAGAGAGUAAUCGUAGUAGAGAUGACAACAAAGAAAAGAAUUAUGAACGGGAUAGGGAUCGUGAACAUGGUCCAGAUAAGCUGAAGACACCUGAAAACAAGAAGCUUUUGGAUGCAAAACAAUUGAUUGAUAUGAUCCCGAAGACCAAGGAGGAAUUGUUCUCAUAUGAGAUAAACUGGGCCGUGUAUGACAAACAUGAGCUGCAUGAGAGAAUGAGGCCCUGGAUCUCAAAGAAGAUAACCGAGUUUCUUGGGGAGGAAGAGGAUACUCUGGUUGACUAUAUUGUGUCUAGUACCAAAGAUCAUGUGCAGGCAUCUCAAAUGCUGGAGUUGCUGCAAUCUAUCUUAGAUGAUGAAGCGGAGAUGUUUGUGCUCAAGAUGUGGAGGAUGCUCAUCUUCGAAAUCAAGAAAGUUGAGACAGGUUUAUCUUUGAAGCCUAGGACCUGACAAGCCAGGUAUUAUUUUUUUACACAUGGUAUAAGUAACGUUCCUAUGAUUUCUUGCCUUGGUAUCUCUCACAUAUUUGACUUCAUUGUUAUUGUAGAAGAAACAUAGGUUGAAAGGAAGUUUGCCCUUGCAGCUCUUUUUCAUUUUUUAUAAAAUUUUAGCCCUUGUUUUUCUUUUCUUUUUUAAACGUGCAUCAAGUUGAGAUUAGCAAUCAAAUCCUGAUAUUGUAGUGGAUACAUGGUGAAGAAAGUGAAUCUAUCUAUUUUAUCCAGUUCAAACAGUUCUCUAAGAGGUGGUUAGACAUUCACCUGAAUUAGGGUUCGAUCUCCGUCACCACACUGUUAUAAUUCUUGCCUUGAGAACCAAAAUGUAGUGAAUCUUGAUUUGAUGAUGUCAUUACAUUCUUAAUGGUGGGAUUCAUGAACUUGGGUUCUGGCUUUCUAAGAUAUAUAUAUCAAAGAGAUGUGAUUUUUUAGCA